AUGGCCCAGACCUGGACGAGCAAGGCUCCUGAUCUGCGCGGUCUUAACGCAUUCCACCAUCAGUGCGUGCGGGCUAUUGUCAGCAUCUCAAGACACCAGAAAUGGGAUGAUCGAGUCACUUCUUCAACACUGGCGAAGACCCUCGGAAUUGAUUCGGACAUCGGCGACAUCAUCCGUGAGCGUCGGCUACGAUGGCUCGGCCAUAUUGGCCGCAUGGACGAUGACCGCCUGCCCAAGUGUACCCUGUUUGGGGAGCUCUCUGCAACUCGACCGCAGCACGGCCCAAGCAGGCGUUGGUGGGAUGUGGCUGUGGAUGACUUUAACCGCAUUCAUCCAUGUGUCCCGGAGAAGGAAUGGCUCGACACUGCCCAGAACCGCUGGGAGUGGAGGGAGGUCAUCCAGCCGUCAGCCUUGUGA